AUGGACGGUGUCCAUGAGUUUGAUACAAAGAUAGCGCGGACUGAGAGCACUGAGCAGGUAACCAGGAAUAAGGAGCAUCAACUCGACAGAAAGAAAGGAAGCGUGAAAACAUAUGCGCUACACAGGAAGGAGAAAUACUCCAAGAAGAAAGACGAGGAAGGAGACGAGAACAGAGGGAUCGUCCAAAUCUGCAGGGAAGAGGAAACCUGCCCCAUCUGCCCCUCUUCGUGCCCCAUCAUGGCUGGCUGUACCAGCCGCUGCAGGCAGGGGGUUCUCAAGCUGAUCCAGUCCCUGCAGAGGUUGGUCUCAGGAACCCUCACCAAA